AAAUGUAGGUGGCAGCUGCGGCCUGUGAAGGACUAGCACCCGUGUGACUCUGGCCAGCGCUGUGACUGCUACCAUGAUCCUCUGCAUGCUGCUCCUGGCCUCUCUGCCCGAGGCGUCUCGCACCGAAGUCAACCCUGCCAUAUGCCGGUAUCCUUUGGGCAUGCAGGAAGGAACCAUUCGGGAUGAAGACAUCACGGCUUCCAGCCAGUGGUAUGAUUCCACAGGACCUCAGUAUGCACGGUUACAAAGAGAAGAAGGGGAUGGAGCGUGGUGCCCGGCUGGCUUGCUGCAGCCGGAGGAUGUGCAGUUCCUCCAAAUGGACCUUCACAAGCUCUUUUUCAUCACCCUAAUUGGCACUCAGGGUCGGCACGCCCGUGCCACGGGCAAGGAGUUUGCUCACGCCUACCGGAUUGACUACAGCCGCAACGGGGAGCGCUGGAUCUCCUGGAAGGACCGCCAAGGCAAGCAGGUGAUCCAAGGCAAUGUCAACACUUAUGACGUGGUCUUAAAAGAUCUUCGGCCUCCCAUCAUUGCUCGUUUCAUCCGGGUGAUUCCUGUGACCGAGCUGCCAAUGACCGUGUGUAUGAGGGUGGAGCUCUACGGCUGUGUCUGGUAUGAUGGUUUGGCCUCCUAUAGCAUCCCUGAAGGGGAGACGAUCGCGGCUCCUGGCUUCCCCAUCGUCUACCUGAACGACUCCACCUACGAUGGCUACCAUGAGCGCAGGCACUUGUACGGAGGGCUGGGCCAGCUCACGGACGGCGUGCUGGGGCUGGACGACUUCACGCAGAGCCACCAGUACCGCGUGUGGCCGGGCUACGACUACGUGGGUUGGAGAAACGAGAGCUUCAGCACCGGCGCUGUCGAGAUGGAGUUCCAGUUUGACCGGCCGAGGAACUUCACCUCCAUGAAGGUGCAUUGCAACAACAUGUUUUCCAAGGGAGUGAAGAUCUUCCAGAAGGUGGAGUGUCUGUUCAAACCGCGCCUGAUUGCAGACUGGGAGCCCGAGCCUGUUGGGGUGGCCACGGUGCUGGACGACAAGAACCCGAGCGCAAGGUUCGUGACUGUGCCCCUCCACCAGCGCGUGGGCAAGGCCAUCCUCUGCCGCUUCUCCUUCGCCGACUCCUGGAUGAUGAUGAGCGAGAUCUCCUUCCAGUCCGACAUGGAGAGUGUCAAUCCCAUUCUGGUGACAGUCGCCCCAAGCACAACGGAACCGCUGGAAGCGGAAUACAACGUCACUGAGGGGACCUGGGAAACUACAUCGUCUGUAACCAGCACCUGGAUAGGAGAGAAGGCAGAUGACUCUAAUACCUCCAUCCUGGUGGGCUGCCUUGUGGCUAUUAUUCUUCUGCUCCUGAUGAUUAUAAUCAUUAUUCUUUGGAAGCAGUACGUUCAAAAAAGGUUGGAAAAGGCUCCACGCCGAAUCCUGGAGGAGGAUGCCACAGUUCGUCUCUCCUUCUACAGCUACACCAUUGCCAACAACCAGACCCAGAUUCACCAGUCAAAUCCCACGUAUGAGCGUGCUUUCCCGCUGGACUUGGAAUAUCACCAGCCAGCAACACUACUGCACAAGCUUCCAGAGCUCUCUCAAAGUGCGGAGGAUUCAGUGUGCAGUGGGGACUAUGCUGAGCCUGACCUGACCAAGUCCACUCCUCACCAAGGCUUCCAGAACAACGUUCCUCACUACGCUGAAACAGAUAUUGUCCACCUGCAAGGUGCGACAGGCAACAACAUGUAUGCAGUGCCAGCCCUCACAGUGGAUUCACUCACCAAAAAGGACAUCUCAGUAGGUGAAUUCCCCCGGCAACAGCUACGACUCAAGGAGAAGCUGGGAGAAGGGCAGUUUGGCGAGGUACACCUGUGUGAAGCUGACGGUCUGCUGGAAUUUCUGGGAGUCUCUUCCACAGAAUUCACUCGGCAACCUGUUCUGGUAGCAGUAAAAAUGCUAAGAUCAGAUGUCAACAAAAUAGCCAGGAACGAUUUCCUGAAGGAGAUCAAGAUCAUGUCGCGGCUGAAGAACCCAAAUAUCAUCCGGCUGCUGGGCGUGUGUGUGCGCGACGACCCGCUGUGCAUGAUAACGGAGUACAUGGAGAACGGCGACCUCAACCAGUUCCUGUCGCAGAGGGAGAUCUACAGCAAAUUUGCUGUUUCAAACAACAUUCCCUGUGUCAGUUACUCUAACCUGCUGUACAUGGCCACCCAGAUUGCCUCAGGGAUGAAGUAUUUGGCAUCUCUGAACUUCGUGCACAGAGACCUGGCCACUCGCAACUGCCUGGUGGGGAACAAUUACACCAUCAAGAUUGCAGACUUUGGCAUGAGCAGGAACCUGUACAGCGGGGAUUACUACCGGAUCCAGGGGAGGGCUGUGCUGCCCAUACGUUGGAUGGCCUGGGAAAGCAUCCUUCUGGGCAAGUUCACCACGGCCAGCGACGUCUGGGCAUUUGGGGUCACCCUCUGGGAGAUGUUUGUCCUGUGUAAGGAACAGCCCUACAGCCUUCUCUCGGAUGAGCAGGUCAUUGAGAACACAGGCGAGUUCUUCCGGAGCCAGGGCAGGCAGAUCUAUCUCUCUCAGACUCCUCUGUGUCCUAACCCGGUGUUUGACCUGAUGCUGAAGUGUUGGAGCAGGGACAUAAAAGAUCGUCCCACCUUCGACAUGAUUCACCACUUCCUGCUAGAACAGAUGGAAUCCAAUAUUUGACUCGAGGGAAGGAGACAAGCUGUGGAGAACUGAGUGACUUGGGUAUCUCUGCCUGUACCUCAUGGGAAGAUGGUCAGGCUGCCUUGCUCUCCUCCCUUGACUCUAAUCUAUUUAAGUUGAGACAUCCAUGGCAGCUGCUCAUUCUAUUGGCCAUGGUCUGACACACAGGACCAGAGGAUCUCAUUUGGUUGAAGAAUCAUCUCCUCUUCUGAAUCCUUGCCUGGGAAUACUGUGAGAGGGAAUUUAUUAGAUGCCCAUGAACUUUUGGGCCAAAGGAAUGAGUAAAACUUUGCAAGGGACUUGGAGCUCUCUCCUGUAUGGACUAGAAAGCUACCGGUUGAUUUGGGAGUUCCGAUUCAAGAAAAGAGGUGUAGAAGCAGUCAUCUAAAACAAUUCCAUUGAGUCAAAUGGAAGUCCUGAGCACAUUAGCAAGCGUUUCUGUAUGCUCUUGCUACAGACUAUAGGUAUAGUGAGAAACUAGAAAGGACUAGAACUAGAAAAUGGUUUAACAGACUUGAACUGGUAGAGCUGGAGUUAGUGACCCUUUGGAAGUAAUUUUACAAGGGGCUAAGGAGGAUGCAGAUAAGGUUCAAGAUCACGUUCUUUUUUCCUGUGGUUGUUAAGCACUGCUUUGGUUAUAUAUGUGCAUUUUCCCCACACUGGAUUUUUUUCUAAAGAAAAAAAAAAAGAGGAAAAAAAAUGAAUGUUAAAGGUCACUGAAGAUCGCUACAGUAGAUCUUCUAUUGACCUACAAAUAAAGACUAGGGUAGGGAGUUUGUAUUGAAAAGUAGCUGAUACUGUACUACUGUCACUAUGUAGAUUUAUUAGCCUAAUGAACUUGUAGCCACAAUGGACUGAUGUGCAAUUAAUCCUGUAUAAGUACCCGUUAAUAUGAGACCUCUCAGUCGAAGCUGUUACCCGUGCAGAGGGACUUGCCUUUGGAGAGGAGAGGAGGGAGAGGAGGAGGAAAAGGAGGAGGAGGAUCCGGGCGGCACUGCCCUGGCUCCUGGCACCGCGGCGGGGCUGUGCCGCAGGGUGCGGGUCCCGGUGCUCCCUGCGGCUCCCGGCCCGCCCACCUGCGGCACGGGGGCCACUGCAGCCCCUGGCUUCUGCUCGGGGCUCACACGGCUUCUGGAUGCUUCCCCUCCAACAAGACAAUCCCGGGUCAGCCAAUGAGGUUUUUGUUUCCAUUAAACCACAAACGGCUCCUUUUGCAGGGCUCUGGAACCCCUUGGACAUGAGUUAGGGAAUUCAGCUUGUUCCUGUGUAAAAUCCAUUGUGGAUUUGUUAGGCUCCUGGGGAAUACUCUGCUAGACCGUCCCUAAUUGUAUGACAAGAUACUUGAGGACCAAACCCCGAUAUUUCAUAAGCUGGGAGAAGAUGAAAGUUCAGCACUUGGCUUUUCUGACAGCAGGCACUGCAGUGUCAAUGCAGGGCAAAGCUGGUAAAGAUAACCGCUGUCUUGGCCACAAGCAGGGUGUGAAUGGCUGGCUGCGCUAGGAGCUCUGUCUGGGGACGCUGCUGAGAGGAGGAAUGUUGGAACAGUUGUAAUUAAGACUGUUAGAUUCAAAGAAAGACUAUUUCUGAGUUGGCAGGACCGUGCGUGUUGUCGUUUCUGCUGCCCAAGCAGGACAGGUUCUGUGGUGAAGGGGCCCCGUUGCAGCUCACUCUGCACGGCUCAUGUCCAGGUUGUUACGUUUGAGGUCUGAGGUGGGAUUCGCCUCACUGCACCAAGGGGUCUCCAGCCGAGCUGCU